AUGAAUCGCGAGCAAAUUUCCCGCCGCAUUGACCUCGUUGGCCCCUCCACUGGGGCCAUCGUCGGCGUUGCCACGUGGUGUGCCCUUCACGGCGCUGAGGCGGAUGCCAUUCUGAACUACGUAGCGGAGAAGAUGAAGCAUAAGGAUACAACUGACGUAGUGCGGGCCUCGCUGGUGUAUGUGAUUCACGAACUGCUGCUGAGCUGCGCGACCCACGGGGUCUCAGAGAACGCAAAGCGGUCCACCUUAAAGGCUGUGAGUCUCACCCUGCCAAGCGCAGUGAAGGACACACUGCGGCAGAGAGCAAGCGAUCACACGGCUUUUCUGAUUGCCUUGCAGAAAGCAACGGAGUGGUGGGGUAUGCUGAACCUGUUCCCGGCGGCCUGGCUGACGAAGCUGCAGAGCACCGUUCAGGAGGGACAGGAGGAUGCCAGUCACCGCACUACCGUCCCCUCUGCCUUGAUGCAGGUUGCCAACCUCCUGCAGCGCUACCAGCAUGCCAAAGAGCAGUGGGUACAGAACAGGCACAUCAAAGCAGAAGAGGGAAAUACCAGUAGCGGGAUUGCGAGUGGCCAAGACACGGCAUCGCGGGUGGCAAGUGCGGGCGCAGGCGCUAGAGGUGCCGUUGUAGACGAUGCGGCAAAGCGAUGCCUCAUCGCCUUGAGGAAAGCUGUGGAGAGUCACUUUGAGAGAAACGCGGCGUUACUGGCGUGGUGCGAAGCAGAGCGUGCAGAGCUGGAGGGUCGCGCCGCCACCUCCAGCUCAGGCAGUGGUGUAGUGAAGAUGGUGCGCGGUACCUCUUCUCACGCCCCAAAACACGACGGGGCAGGUGUUGGCUAUCCAGUGAAGGAGGAAGGCGGCCAUGGUGACGGUCCGUCGGGAGAAGCCAAGGACGAGGAUGACGUGCUUGGGUCCUUCUUCUCCCUGAUACGUUGA